UUAAUCGCUGAUUAACAUAGCGUUAAGUCAUUUGCGAAAAAAAGUGCAUGGUAAAUAAAUUUGGUCUCAAUUUAAAAGAAAACUAAUGAUAUAUUAAACGGAAAGUAAAGACAACUGAGAAAUCGGUGGUUAACUGAUGGCUACGUUCGGGCGUUUACUUAGCCAUAGAAAUGGCAAACGUCUGGUGCUGUUGCCGGCGACCUACCGGUCACUACACCUGACGUACAAUCGCUAUAAUGUCAACCAAUUCGAGGUGAAGCCUAUCAAGAAGGUGUUGGUCGCCAACAGAGGUGAAAUAGCGAUCAGGGUGUUCCGGGCGUGCACUGAGCUGGGUAUACGGUCAGUGGCCGUGUACAGUGAGCAGGAUAAGAUGCACAUGCACCGGCUGAAGGCUGACGAGGCCUACCUGGUGGGCAAGGGUCUGCCCCCAGUGCAAGCCUACCUACACAUACCGGACAUCAUACGCAUCGCCAAGGAGGCCGACGUGGACGCCAUACACCCGGGCUAUGGGUUCCUGUCGGAGAGGUCGGACUUCGCGCGUACUAUCGUUGACAACGACAUGCGCUUCAUAGGGCCCUCGCCCGACGUCAUGGCCCGUAUGGGCGACAAAGUGGAGGCCCGUAAGGCGGCCAUAGAGGAACAUACCGGACAUGGAGUCGACCGCGACGUCCACUAUAUCAGCGCCGGCUUCGGCACAGCGCAGCAUUGA